AUGCCUAACCUUACCGAGGGUGGCUCCGUCCCUGCCUUCAUCGCCGCGUCAUGCUUCCUCAUCUUCAUCAUAAUCUCCGGUUGUUGCUGCACGGCCUACUUCGUCGUUGGUUACGUUAAGUCCCGCCCUGUUGUGAACGCAAAGGACAUGGAGGCAAACAGACAGUCGACUCCCGAAGCGAGCACAAUGAGUAUCCCGUCCACGAAAGGGGCGACGCUUCUGCUGCCAUACGGUGGCCCGUUCACAUUCGUCUUGACACCUGCAAGUCCGGAGAAGCGGUCGACAGCCGAAAGCGAAAUUCAAGAAGAGAUGCGGGAAGAACGCCGCAAGGCAUUCGAAUGCGACAGAAGCGUCCCGGCAAUUCCUGAGGUAGAGAAGGAGAUCAAGGCUCCGCAGUCGGUAUGGUGGUCUCGGGCGCCGUAA